UAGUUACCAUCAGGAAAAAUGCAAAGGAGUUUUGUUAAUUACUUUCAAAAAUCAAUAAUAAAUAACGCAAAAGCUAAGCAAUCUGCUAGAGUUUCGGUCAUUGAUGCUUGCACACAAUUGAAGCAGACAGACAGUAAACGCCCAUGGUCAGCUUAUGAACUUGUUGUUGUUACAAAGAAAGAGAAGGGUCAUAUUCCACUUAGAGGUAUGGUAGAGUUACCUCACGAUCCACGCAAAACUAGGGAAGUUGUAUUGGUGUUUGCAGAGGGAGCUGAUGCAAAGGCUGCUAAGGAGGCAGGCGCAGAUAUCGUUGGUGGUGAAGAGUUAGUUGGUGAUCUUCUCUCCGGUAAACAAGCACUCCCUACGAAAGCACUCGCACAUCCAUCACUCCUUCCUCAGGUACAGAAAAACCUCGCUAGAAUGCUUGGUCCAAAGGGACUGAUGCCAGCUGAGAAGAGAGGCACAGUAACAACAGAGCUCGCUAAAGCAAUAAACGAAGCUAGAGGUAAAGUUACAUGGAGAGGUGAUAGAAUUGGUGUAGUAAGAUUAGGCGUUGGUAGAAUACAAUUUGAUAGCAACCAAGUUGAAGAGAACAUUAAGAAGUUCAUCGAUGGAUUAAGGAAUGGUAUGAUUAUUGAUACUGCACCUGGACAACCUAGGCGAUUGACAACAAUAGAGAAGAUCUACCUCAGUAGUACACAAGGUAGAGCAUACGAAUUAAAGCUGUAAACUUAUAAAUGAAUAGAUUUUAUUAUCCUUAUUUUCC